AUGAGGCCCAGCAAGGCAGACGUGGAGCGGUAUAUCGCCUCCGUGCAGGGUUCCGCCCCUGCGCGGAGAGAGAAGUCAAUGAAAGGAUUCUAUUUUGCGAAGCUGUACUACGAAGCUAAAGAAUAUGAUCUUGCUAAAAAAUACAUAUCUACAUAUAUUAAUGUGCAAGAGAGGGAUCCCAAAGCUCACAGAUUUGGGGGUCUUCUCUAUGAAGCUGAAGAAAACACAGACAAAGCUGUUGAAUGUUAUAAGCGUUCAGUGGAAUUAAACCCAACACAAAAAGAUCUUGUGUUGAAGAUUGCAGAAUUACUUUGUAAAAAUGAUGUUACUGAUGGAAGAGCAAAAUACUGGAUUGAAAGAGCAACUGAACUUUUCCCAGGAAGUCCUGCAAUUUAUAAGUUAAAGGAACAGCUUUUAGAUUGUAAAGGUGAAGAUGGAUGGAAUAAACUUUUUGACUUGAUUCAGUCAGAACUUUAUACAAGACCUGAUGAUGUCCAUGUGAAUAUACGACUAGUGGAGCUGUAUCGAUCAAAUAAAAGAUUGAAGGAUGCUGUGGCCCACUGUCAUGAGGCAGAGAGGAACAUAGCUUUGCGUUCAAGUUUAGACUGGAAUUUGUGUGUUGUGCAGACCCUUACGGAAUAUCUGGAGUCUUCAUGUUUGGAAUCUGAUAAAAAUGACUGGCAAGCAACCAAUAAAGACUUACUUCUGGCUUAUGUUAACCUUAUGCUACUUACACUUUCCACCAGAGAUUUUCAAGAAAGUAGAGAAUUACAGGAAAGGUUUGAUAGUGCUCUUCAGUCUGUGAAAUCCUCUGUAGGUGGAAAUGAUGAACUGUCAGUUACUUUCUUAGAAAUGAAAGGACAUUUCUACAUGCAUGCUGAUUCUCUGCUUUUGAAGAUGGGUCAGCAUAGUGAUGUACAAUGGUGAGCUCUCUCUGAGCUGGCUGAAUUGUGCUAUCUCAUAGCAUUUCAUGUCCUGAGACCAAAGAUUAAAUUAAUAAAAGGAGAAAAUGGACAGAAUUUACUGGAAAUGAUGGCCCAUGAUCAUCUCAGCCAAUCAGGGCACAUGUUGCUGAACUUAAGUCGUGGCAAGCAAGAUAUUUUAAAGGAGGUUGUGGAAUCUUUUGCCAAUAAAAGUGGACAGUCUGCCCUGUAUGAUGCUCUGUUUUCUAGUCAAUCACCUAAGGAGAGAUCUUUCCUUGGUAGUGAUGAUAUUGGAAACAUUGAUGUACAAGCUCCAGAGCCUGGUGAUUUGGCUAGAUAUGAUGUUGGUGCUAUUCGAGCACACAAUGGUAGUCUUCAGAUGUUGAGAGCCAUGGCCAGGUCAAGAUGGUGCCUGGCAUUUUGCCAGAAGGGGCGGCUCCUGUUGCCUCGGGUGCCCGCUACUUUUGAGUUCUCGCGGAGUUUCAGUUGA